GCGCGUUCUCGUGUUUUGAACUAGUCGACGUGCGCGCGCUCCUACUGACGACUUACCUUGCAAACCGGAGCUUCUCUGCUGAAGUUAAUCCAGAACAUCAAACCUGUGUAAACUCGACCAAGUUCAGCCAUUAAAUUAAGAGCGGGUGCUUUGUUUCUCAAGUCUCUUCCUGGUUUCUGUAACUCCUCGGGAGGAUUAUUGAUCCGUUCACAGUUUUGACCGUUUCUGCGGUUUGCGGGCGCUUCACGUCGUUUCAGUUGAGAUGUCAAUGUCUUGAGUUUUCUAUCUGUCUCUGAUCCUCACACGUCACAAGUCAUUGACUCAUUUUCAAGUAGGAGUGGAGCAUGUGGGCCAGCUGCUGCGGCUGGCUCUGUCUGGAUGACCCCACCGUGGACCACAGCAGGAGCAGCACACGUCACCAGGCCUUCACCAACUCGGGCUUCAGCAGUUACCCAUCUCCCACCGCUCCAGAACACACCUGCAAGGCUUGUGGAGGCCGCUUCGACAGCAUAGCCAGGAAGCACAUGUGCAUGGACUGCAAGAAAAGCUUCUGCAGCCGCUGCUCCACGCAGCAGGACCUCCAGCCAUGGCUGUGCCCCACGUGCCAGCGCUUCCGGGGGAUCCUGUUCGAGCGCGCCGAGCUGAUGAAGCUCAAGGUGAAGGAUCUGAGGGACUACCUCCACCUGCACGGGAUCCCCACGCAGAUGUGCCGCGAGAAAGAGGAGCUGGUGGAGCUGGUCCUCAGCCAGCAGACGCCUUCAUCUGACACACACAUUCCUCCACCCCCAGUGAGCACACAGGGUCCCCCUGACACCCCCGUCAUAACCGUGAGCCCGCUGGCGGACAACAGCACCACAGAACUGGGACCUCGGACUCGAGCAGCGGAAGAUGCACAGAGCUUGGCUGAGGUGACAGCUGAAGGCGAGACGGCCGCUGAGCUGCAGGAGGAGCAGGAGUCGCAGUCCUCAGACUCGGAGGAAGUGCUGGCUCCGGGGCGACGGGCGUCUCUCUCUGACCUCCGAUCAGUGGAGGACAUCGAGGAUCUGAGCGUCCGGCAGCUGAAGGAGAUCCUGGCCAGGAACUUCGUGGACUAUAAGGGCUGCUGUGAGAAAUGGGAGCUGAUGGAGAGAGUGACGCGUCUGUACCACGACCAGAAGGAGCUGCAGAACAUGGUGUCUAACGCCACAGAAGGCACAGACGCUGGCGCUGGGACGGCCGUGGACGAGAGUCUGUGUAAGAUCUGUAUGGACUCGCCCAUCGACUGUGUUCUUCUGGAGUGUGGUCACAUGGUCACGUGCACAAAGUGCGGCAAGCGCAUGAGCGAGUGUCCCAUCUGCAGACAGUACGUGGUGCGAGCAGUGCACGUGUUCAGAUCCUGAGCAUCCCACAAUCCUUCCCUGAGCAAUAGAUACUGUAGAAAACCGUCAGGUGGCCUUUAAUUCAUGCACGGUUAUCCUGUGGCACUUUACACAAUAGCAAAUAAGAUCUCUCGAGCGAUAACUGUACUGGCUUCAGUUUAAUUCUCUUCAAGUGACUUUUAAAGUGUGCCUUCUGGAAGCUUCUCAUUCCAGCCCUGUCCGACUUAUCCUGAUCAAUCUCUCCAGAUCUCAGGCCCAAUCCAAGUCAUGACUGUCAAGAAUAUGUUUUCAUGCAGACAAACCUUGAUCCAACCUUUGUUUUUGGUGUGAAAAGUAAGUAGAGCAGCAGUGUGAAGGGGGUGUUUCAGUUUCCUGCAGGAGUUGCAUUAGCAGCACUUUAGCCUCAUCAGCGGAGGAGAUAUGAGGUGAACAUACCUCCACCCUCUUCUUCACUUCACCAGCGCCUCUCUGGACCAGUAAAGGCCUGGUGAUAAACACCAGCGCCUCUCUUCCUUCAAGCGUUUCAACUUCACCAGCAUUGACUAGUGCUGUUCUUAGGAGUCUUUAACAUCAGUACCUCACAGGAAUAUUUCACUCUCAUGUCACACCAAUCUCAUGCUUCCUGAUUUACUCACUGUUAAGAAACACACACACACACAGAAUAUACUUCAUAAACUUCAUUCAGGCACGUGUUGAUAACGGAAAUGCCUUGUACGUGAGGCUUGACACAUGUGAGGCAUGUUUUGCGACUAAUCAUGUAGGAAAUGAAUAUAUCUGACUGCAAAUGAGAUUUUAAAUAUGAGGUGGAAUGAUUUCUGAAGACUUGGGAUUCAGCAGCGUACAGGUCCUGUGGACUUUUAUAAGAAUUAUCAUUAUUAUUUGUUCUUUUGUGGAGCUUUGUAGUUUAAAUCACCAUCUGCUUUAAUUCUAUAGAAGCGGGAAACUUGAACAUUCUCAUAUCUCCUUUUAAAAAUACAGGCUUGGAAUGACAUUAGGGUGAAUCAUUUUUAUUUUUUUAUUUUAUACACACAGUAUAAAAUCAGGUUACUUAUGUUUUAUUUUCUAAGGAAAUAUCUGCAAUUACUUUGUUUUCCCAUGGAUGCCUGGCAUCUCUCCGGUCGCCAUGUUGAGAGAAAUCCUCUUGAUUGUGCCAUCACAAAGAAGCACAAAGUCAUUUUACAGACUUUUAAAUUAAAUGUUCAAAACUGAUCUAAAAACCCAUCUUUAUUUGACCCUCUAACUUUAACACUCACUAUUCUAACUCUAUUCUUUAAAAAAAAAAACUUUUUCUGUUCUGUUUUCUUUUUAUUUAUUUAUUAUUUAAAAGCCCUUGUUACGUGUACUGUGUUAAGCUAACUGAGACUUGUUAUAGCACUUCUAUAUCAUUGCUCUUUGUGUUAGUUUUGAUUGCUUCUGUGGUACUCAUUUGUAAGUCACUUUGCAUAAAAGCGUCUGCUAAAUGACUAAAUAAAUAUACAGGUGCUGGUCAUAUAAUUAGAAUAUCAUCAAAAAGUUGAUUUAUUUCAGUUAAUUCCAUUCAAAAAGUGAAACUUGUUUAUUAUAUUUAUUCAUUACAAACAGACUGAUAUAUUUCAGAUGUUUAUUUCUUUUAAUUUUGAUGUUUAUAACUGACAACUAAGGAAAAUCCCAAAUUCAGUUCUCAGAAAAUUUGAAUAUUGUGAAAAGGUUCAAUAUUGAAGACACCUGGUGUCACACUCUAAUCAGUUAAUUAACUCAAAACACCUGCAGAGCCUUUAAAUGGUCUCUCAGUGUAGUUCUGUAGGCUACACAAUCAUGGGGAAGACUGCUGACUUGACAGUUGUCCAAAAUAUGACCAUUGACACCAGCACAAGGAGGACAAGACACAAAAGGUCAUUGCAAAAGAGGUUGGCUGUUCACAGAGCUCUGUGUCCAACACAUUAAUAGAGAGGAGAAUAAAUCAACUGUUUGAUGAUAUCCUAGUUAUAUGAGCAGCUCCUGUAAAUGUAAAUCUGGAGUGAGAGCAGAAGCGCUGUGUGAACACGAUGCUGCUGUAGAUCUAGACUGAAUGAGAACAUGAUGCAUUCACUUGACCUGAAGCAUUCAUUAUUUCUUUAAAUGCAUAAAAACAGUGGGAUUCAAUUUUAGAACAUGCAAAACAUGUAAUGAUUAUCUUUAAUAACACAAAUAUCCUUCAUGCAUUUAAUCGCAUUUCAUCAUGUGUGUGUACAGUAAGUCGGUUACUGAAGCGAGUAAUCCAAUAUCGUAAUGCAUUACUUUUAAAAGUAACUUUCCCCAACACUGUAUGUAUGUUUGUUCGUUUUCCAAGGCUUGACAACUUGCCAACUUUUUCUUCCUCGGGGUUGCCUUAAGAGUUUUCCAGGAAUCGCCAUCACCAAAGAGAAAAGUAAUAUGAAUGUAGUAAUAAUAAUAAAUAAAGUGUGGCUCUUCAAAAAACAAAUGCAUUUAAAUCUCAACAGCAAGAGGAGCUAAUAAAAAACAAACAUUGCUGAAAUGAAAGACUUUGGAUGACUUUAAACAUGAUUUAGUGUCACUGUGAAAUAGAUUUGCUUUGAUAGUCGUUCAAGGAAUCAUCAAUGCUGUCAGUGCUGUUAAUGUUUGAUAUGUGAAGAUGAAGAGGGAACAGUCUGAACCAGCCUCAGUGUCUUAUUUAGAACUGAAAAUAUAUUUUACAUCCAUUGAAUUGCUGUUGUUUGUUGUAAAAUAUAUAUAUUUUUUGUAUUAAAAUAUAUUUCCAA